CUUUCUCUUUUUGUCAACGAAUGCUCUCGCUUCUCGCAUUUUUGUGAUUUUUAGUGCAAAUCAAGUUUUGAAAAGUUCAUGCAAAUAAGAAAUUCAGCGUUAGUCUCAAGCCAUAUGCGUAUCAAAUGUUUUCGUUCAGUCUGGUUACGAUGGACCCCUAUUCGUUAACCGUUAUUGUCCUGAUAUGCGGAGCGACAUCACAAGCGCUGGUUGCCUUCCGACUGCGAUGACCAUAAGCGACAUCGGGAACAAUGAUCGCCAACCUGCCGCUUCUAUUCGCCAGUGGCGCCCCGUCGGCGCUUUCAAAGAUCACCGCCAGCGAGUUGGAGAAGUUCAUAACUUUCAUGGUGACAUGUUCCUGGGGUCACGACACGGCCAAGGAAAUACGGCAACCGCCUUGGUGGCCAAAGGACGUCAAGUUUUCCCACCCCUUCGUACGGCCGCCGUACCAGGUACCCAGAGACUGGGAGGCGAGAUUGAAGAAUGUAGUGAAAAGAUGCUACGACUACCACAAGAGCGCGUUCCUGCUGGUAUUUUCAGCUCAGCUGGCACGCUACCCUCGCAAGAGACUCAGGUAUGUCGACAACCGUGAUCAAACAACAUCUCUCUAUUACAGGCCCAGCGGUCGACUUCUUGUAACAUUUAGAAAUGAAAACCUGUACUACGAUAAGCCUACACCUGUAGAAGUAGAGAAACCACAGAUCAAAUCUACUGACAUAUACUUAUGUGACAAUUGUGACAGUCAUUUUGAUAACUUGGAGAUUCUAAAAGCUCAUGAGAGGCUUUGUAACAGUGAGCCUACUCCUGCACUGGCACCUGAACCAUCUGAUAAAACUAACAGCGGACAGUCAGAAACUCCAACAAGGGUACCCAACAGUGGUUUGCCUGAGUUUCUCUCAGCAUUGAAGUUACAACCAAUUGGUGAAAAAAAUGAUCUUACAACCAGCGUUACUGAGGAUGAUACUCGGCCAAGGAAUUCUAGAACUGCGGCUAACAUUGACAGAGGACCUCCAUAUCCAUUCUCUUCUCUUGCAUACAUGAAAAAUAUCAAACAAAAUGUUCAAAGGGACAUGAGUUAUUCAAGGGAAAGAGUGGAAAGGUACUGCUGCACUUCAAUUCCCAUUAGUAAAAAUUUAGGUAGUAAAAGCAAAAAUCAACAGUUUCCUGUCAGAUACAGAAGGCCUAUAGAUUACUGGCAUAGACGUCAUGUGUUCCCAAAUCAACGGAAAAAGAAAAUACUCGAUAUAAAAGCUCAGCUGCUUUUACUGAAGUGCAAACCAAUUUCAAUAACUAUUGAAAGGAUGUCUGAGACUAAAAUUAAAGAAUAUUUAGACUUUUUGAGGCAGGAAGCAGAGUCAAGGUAUUCUCAGGACAAAGACAUAAUUUUUGUGGAUGGAAUGGACUGUGAUCAACCAGCAGAGGUUGAGAAGAGUGCUGAUCCUUUGAAGAGGCCAGAAGUUGACUGUGAAGUGAUUGAUCUGUGUUCAGAUGAUGAGAGUUCAGUGGUUAAUGAGAAUUGUGAUCCUCAAGCUAGUGUGACAGGGAUUACAUCUAUGACUGGGGUUGCAGGGGUAGCAUGUGUGAUGCGUGGUGGUGCAGUGUUACGUAGAACGGCCGCUACUCCUUUGGCACAGCCAUCUCAGCCAUGCGGGGCACGCCAAAGACCGCUCUCCACUGCCGUUUUACAGCCACAUCCAGUGAUCCUAAUCACACAUUCACUGAACAGUUUACAGACAAUUUCUCUAGAUUGAGUUCAUGUAUUUUAAUAUUAGUGAGUUAUGAAUUAUUUAUUAUUCCUUCAUGAAUAAAAAAUUAAUGUUCCA